CCAGUAAGUGUAGAUUCUCGACUCCAUGUCGUUCAUACCAUAAUGGGUUUUUCUUGUUUAUUUCAGUCUACAGCCAUGUGCUACUAUGUGAUUCCUCACAUUUUUUUAUACAGUAUUAAUUGACACAUAUUGGCCAUUUUCUUGUCAGCCCCAGGAUAGAUGCAUUGAUGAAGUUCGUGUUGUGAUGGAUGGCCAAGGAAAUGAUGAGGAGGCUCAGUCCUCUCCACCUCCUCAGCUGGUGGAACACCACCCUCUAGCAGCUGAGAUGAAGCCUGAUCAGGAGCAGGAGAUCACCGAGCAACAGCUUCAGUCCCAUUGUGAGGUCACUGGACACGUCACUGAGGAGGUUUCAGAGCUCCUUGAACCUGCUGGCAAAGAGGAAGUAAAUACACCGGAGGCCCCUCAGCACCUGGCCGAUGCAACAGUGUGCAGUUCCACUGCCACACCAAUCAUCAAGGAAUGCACUGACCCUGAGAUGAGCGAUGUCAAGGACACAUUGGACAGUGUGGACCUAUCACAUGCAUUCCACGAGGAAGCAUUUCACCCACUGCCAAAAGAAAACCCAACACUCAGUGAGGAGCAUAGUGAGCCCAGUAAUGAGGGGGAGAAGGAUCACAGUAAUGAUUCUCAUGUUAUGGCAACAGAGGAUUCUGGGCUGUUUAAGUCCUGUGGUAAUGGGACGGUGGAAGAUCAGAACGUAGAGACCAAGGUGGCUACCUGUGUGACACUGGUAGGAGCUAACUUCAUCGUACGAUGUUCUGUUUUCAGCUAUAGUAAUUUAGCAUACGCCUAAUAAGUUCUUCAGCUUUUCAAUUAUCUUGUUUUCUGCUGUCAGAAAAAUGCUGAUUUGGUCUACACAACAAACGAUCACAUUGGUGAAAAACCCAGCUUGAAGCUCAGCCAGCAGCCUCAGAAUAAUCUAUCCAAUGAGGGAGUUGAAUCCAACCACCCCAAGAUCAGCCCUAAACAAGAGCUAGACAAUGGGAAGGCUGAGGGGACACAGAACAGCCAGAAAACUCUAGUUCCCCAGAAAAAGGCUGUUACCUCCAAGAAACGGCCCAGCCGAAAGUCACUCCACAAGGAGGAAAAGAGGAAACGUAAAGCCACCAUGGAUUCUCCUCAAUAUCCAUCUGAAUGGGAACAGAUGGUUGUCUCUGCUGUUCAGGAGAUGUGGAGAGUCUGUGAACUUGGACAGACUCCAAAGGAUCUGUCAAAAAUAACAGGCCCCUGUCCCUCCGAACAUUAUCUGGAGAUAAAUGGACAGCAUCUCAAGACCAUGAGGAAAUAUGACUACCUCAAGUAUGUCUUUCACUUUACCUGGAAGAUCCUUCAAGCGGUCUAUCCCAAAGAGCCUAAGAUACAAUCUUCUUCAACAAACACUGGAUCUAACAGACACAACAACAACAGCUCUAAGAGAAUACCUUUAAUUGACAA